CACGCGUUUCGUACAUUUAUUUUUAUAUAAUUUUGUAAAAAAAAACUUUUUAUAACAUUUUUUUAUGCAUUUUUUGUACACCACCUUUGGUCUUUCUAUUCGGUGAAGUACUCGUACUAAUAAAUUUAGCAAUUGUUUGACCCAUCUACGCAAAUUAAGCGAUUCGCAAGCCUCUGAAUUGAUUCUCUGAUAACAUCACAAAAUGGAAGUAGAAGAGGCAUUAAAAGAUAGCAUAGCUCAAUUUUACAAAAGCGUUUACGGCGCCGAGGAAGUGAAUUUUGUUGACGUUUUCGAACACGAUGUGAGCGAAGAGGAUCAGAAGGGGAUGUUAUCUGUAGUUAGCGAUUCCUUAUCGCAUAUUCCGAGUACCUUCAAGGGAAAACUGAUAAGCCAAUUCUUGAAGGAACAUCCCGAACUAAAACAGCGUUUCGAAGAAGAUGAAGAUGAAUCUAAAGAAAUAGAAAUAGAAACGUCUAGUGCUUUGGAUAUAUUGCAAUAUCUACCCUUGACCGAAUUUGAUGAAGAGAUCGAAGAAGAAUCACAAUCGCUUACUGACAGUUUCACAAUCUGCGAUGCCGAUAGACUUGUUGAACUGGUGCAAAAAAAACGACACCCUUACUAUGAACUGGCGCGCAUGUAUGCGAUUCAGAAACUGGGCAACGAUAUAAACAGUUCCGUGCAUGCGCACCAUAAGUUGAACAAAUGCAAAACGGAUAUCAAAAUAGCGGAUUAUGAACAUUUUCACAUAUUCAGUUGGUUGCAGGAUCGAUUUGUGGCUCGACGCCAGAUGAAAGGUAUUGCUUGGGUGGACAUAUUUCAGAAGUCUUUAACCGAGCCAUGCAUGGAGGCCUUCAAGUUGCAAGUUGAUGUUAUUGAGCUGGUGCGUCUAUUGAAGCCGAUAUUAUUGAGUUUCUAUGCUGAGGAUAAGAAAUAUGUAGCGAAUGCGAGGCGGACUAUAACCGCUGCCUACAAUCUGCUCAAUAUGCACAAUAAAAUUGAGCGAGAGCUGGAAGAGAGCAUUGCUCUUUUUUGUGAGAAAAUCAAUGCGUUAACCAACACUGCUUUGAAUCGCGGAACUGAGGGCCGUGAUAUUGUCAAAAGCUACUUGGAACAGGAAACAAUGGCGGCUCGGUUUCGUGAUCCCAUAGUGCUUCGUUAUCAAUUAAAUUACGCGCAGGAUAGGGUCGCUGAUUGGCAGGAUUACCUUGAGAUGAAAGAAGGAGAUCUGAAAUUAGAAUUGACGAAAGCUCAGAAGAAAAAGUCUAUUGAAAUGUAUCGCUACCGGUGCACGCUGCAGUCUAUGUAUGUGACAAUAGAGGACUGCAAAGGUCGAUUAGCUACAAUGACCGAGGAAUACGACCGUCGUUUAAACGAAGCUAACGAAACAAAUGCAAUACUGAAAAUAAAUCUUGGUCAUAUGAAGAUGCAGCGAGAGUUUUACGAAACGGAAAGAAAAUACAUGAAAGCAAAAGUUCGUAAAAUGUUGGAGCGUGAGGCAAGCGAAGCUAUGGAGAUGAAGACGCGUUUGGAGGAAAGGCAAUCGCAACUUCCGCCGCUGUCACGAAGUAAGACAGUAAGUCGUAUGAACACAAUUAAUGAAAAACGGCAUCCUUCCUAAUAAGUAAAAAAAGGAAAUGCUUGCACUGUAAAUUAUGGAAAUAAAUAGAAAAAAAUGUAUAGAAAUAAAUUCAAAUAUACCAAAUG